AUGCAAUCACUACGAUUUCGCCAAUUCUACCGUUUUUCAUCCAAUUCGACUACUGCAGUCUUUUCUCGGCAGCAACCCCUGUCUUCAGUUGUACACUUGAAGACAACCCGCCACUACAACACCAACAACCACAGUCGCGUUUCUUCGGUACGAGAGUUUGCGAAUUGCUCAUCUGCAGCCAUGGCUGGUGUUAGCAAGGCUUGUUGCUCGAUUCCGCCUGUUGUGACGCAGGGAUACAAGGAAAAGGGCGAGUACAAGACAAUUGGAGGGUUGAAGACCUAUGUCACCGGUCCUGAGGAUGCCACCAAAGCAAUUCUCGUCAUCUACGACAUCUUCGGCUUCUUCCCACAAACCAUCCAAGGCGCCGAUAUCCUCUCCACGGCCGACAAGGACCAGAAAUACCGUGUCUUCAUCCCAGACUUUUUCGAGGGUGAACCAGCCGACAUCUCAUGGUACCCUCCGACGACGGACGAGACAAAACAAAAGCUGGGCAAGUUUUUUGAAACCAAGGCCGGUCCACCGGCGACUCUGAGCAAGAUCCCGGGGGUCAUCGCAGAUGCAAACAAGCUCUCACCUUCCUCGGGAAAUUUUACAUGGGGCAUUCUGGGCUACUGCUGGGGUGGGAAAGUGGCCAACCUGGCUGUCGGCGCCGAGGGUGCCAGUGGCUUUAAAGCUGCCGUGCAGUGCCAUCCGGCUAUGGUUGACCCCAAUGAUGCUACGAAAGUAAAGGUUCCCAUGGCCCUGCUGGCGUCCAAGGACGAAGACCCAGCUGCUGUGAAGGGAUACGAGGACAAUCUCAAGGUAGCCAAGCAUGUCGAGACAUUCCCGACACAGAUCCAUGGCUGGAUGGCCGCGCGCUCCGAUCUGGCAGAUCCAGAGGUGCAAAAGGAAUAUGAGCGUGGGUAUCGCACUGUGUUGAGUUUUUUCAAUGCGCAUUUGUAG